AUGGUAAGACCCCUUGGAAGAAAAAACAUCUCUCAGGACAUCCGUAAAGCCAUCGUCAUCGGCUUCAGAAGUGGAUGUUCCAAGGACGUGUUGGAGCAGCAGUUCACCUGCAGUAAACGCGCCAUUGAAAAAGUUUUGAAGCAAUUCCGGGAUGAGGUAAUAUUCAAAAAUAGUUUAUUUAUCGAGAAAAAUGUUUAGGGAGCCCUGAUGGAGCGAAAAUCGCCUGAAAGACCUCGCAUCACGUCGAAGAAUGUGGAUCGGAACAUUGUCCGAGCUUCAAGAGAGGAUCCCCAGAGGAGUUCUACCGAUAUUCAAAUGAUCGUAAAGUCUCCAAAUGAAGUCACGCCAUCCCUGAGAACCGUCAGAAGACGUCUCCAGCAUGCUGGGCUCCAUGGACGACGGCCAGCUAAGAAACCAUCGAUCAGCAAAAAAAAUAGGAUCGCCCGCGUUGCAUGGGCCAAAGCUCAUCUUCACUGGGGACGCCAGGAGUGGGCCAAUCACGUCUUCAGCGACGAAUCCAAGUUUAAUCUGUUCGGCACUGACGGUAUCAAGUGGAUUCGCCGUCCGGUUGGAUGUCGGUUCGAUCCCAGCUACCAGCUCCAAACCGUCAAGCAUGGAGGUGGUUCAGUGAUGGUGUGGGGAUGUUUCUCUGGGACUUCAAUCGGCCCCCUGAGAAGAAUUACGGGAAUCAUGGAUCGAUAUGUCUAUGAAGACAUCUUGGAAAAGACUAUGAGACCCUGGGCACGGUCUAAUGUGGGACGGGCGUUCGUUUUUCAGCAAGAUAACGAUCCCAGGCACACCCCGAAGCACAUCAAGGACUGGUUCCGACGCCGCCACGUGAAUCUUCUGGACUGGCCCAGUCAAUCUCCGGACUUGAACCCGAUCGAGCACCUCUGGGAGCAUGUCGAGAGACAACUCAGAGGGAUCCGUGCAUCGAAUGCCAAUCAGAAAUUCGAUCAACUCCAGUUUGUCUGGCAGGCCAUUCCGAUGUCUGUGAUCCACACCCUUCUCGACUCCAUGCCGAAAAGAUGUCAGGCAGUCAUCGACGCCAAAGGUUACCCAACAAAGUAUUAAAACUAUUUUAAUCAUUCGCUAUUGUUAUUUUUCAUUUGCCGGUCUCUCCUAGAUCUCAAAAGUCAAAGUUUCAUUUUCCGGUUUUUUACCAUUUUCAUGAAUUUUUCGAUAUUUUUUUAAAUUUUCGAAAUAUUGACUAUUCUUGUUGUUGAAUCAACGUCUUUUACCGUUUUAAACUUUGUCUUAAAAUAUCAGAUCGAUCCCUCAAGUUUCAGCAAAGUUAUGCUCAAAAAACCGUUUGCGAAUACCUUUUUGGCCAGUACUGUAUUUGUUUUCAGAACAAAGGGGAAGGCGUGCAACCCAAAAACGAGAGUAGUUCGACAGUAGUUCAAAUGGAAGAUGAUAAUAACAGAGAAGAGGGAAAACCUCCCCAGAACGUUGCUACAAAUCACACACGAAGAAAAUUCAGCCAAGUCACAUUAUGGAGAUGCCAGGUAUGUCAAUUUCGAGCCACGGAAAAAAUUAUUUCUGGGUUUUUACAGUUCAACAUCACCUUCUUCUCAGGACUCUGCGGGUCGUGGGCUGCUUUGUUUGUAUUCUUGUUUACGCUAUCUCAGGAUAGUAACUUCGCAUUUUUGAGUCCAGGAAAACAUGUUUUUGCGACCUGCGCACUGAUUUUUUUAGGGCUCAUGGUUGUGCGAAUCACCGUCGUUUAUUUCUAUCAGGUACUUUCACAUGCUUACAAAAAACUAGAUCGACCAACCACGUCAGAAAUUUUACCCUCAACCUCAGGGACCACAGCCAAUAUAGAGGUCCCUGAAAGUUGUUUCUGCCAUAACGUUUUUCUUGCAGGACGGUGCGCCCUGCUGCUCCUCCAAGUAUCUGGCAGGCCUUUUGUGUUCAGACGUUAUUCCGAAAGGUACACUCGUUUUUGUUUUUGUCUUGGAACCCCGGAGCACAGUAAUCUUGAGUUCGCAGAGGGCUCGUCACUUGCCUUUACUUCCCGGCCUUUUCCGACCGAUGUAUUUUUUCAAUUAUUUUCACGGCCCGGCAUUUCAUACAUACAUAGGACUUUUUCAAUAUAUCUCCAGAAAUCGAACAUAGGGACUUCUGAUUUUUUCAUAAGAGUUCAAUUUUACUGAGUUCUUCAAAAUGAGGCAGGCCAGAGGUAAAUGUAAUGUUUCUAAGAGAAGUUACAGCUUCACAAUUUUCGCUCCUCCGUAUGCUUUGCCGGCCCGUGAUUUUGUUAAUAUUAUUUUGUUAAUAUUAUGUUAAUAUUAUUUUGUUAAUAUUAUUUCGAUUAUUUUGUUAAUAUUAUUUUGAUUAUUUUGUUAAUAUUAUUUCGAUUAUUUUGUUAAUAUUAUUUCGAUUAUUUUGUUAAUAUUAUUUCGAUUAUUUUGUUAAUUUUAUUUUGAAUAUUUUGUUAAUAUUAUUUUGAAUAUUUUGUGUGAUUUUUUUCUUUUGUGUUAUGCACUUUUUGUAUUAUGAACUUUUUGUAUUAUGAACUGUUUGUAUAGGAAAAGGCGCGGGCUAGGUCUUGGCCUUCGACCAGCCCGGCCUUUGGGCCGGAGGCUCGGGGCCUCAUGAAUAGGAACACGGGAUAUCGGAAACAGGUUUAUUAGGCGCAAGGAUCAGGCAACUGCCGCCUCGAGGGCGGGAAACGAGGGUUUAUAAAGGAUUCGAUGGAAUGCGGCGUGACGCGGUGAGAUCAGGAGCCAUAUCGAGGCUGCUUGGUGGUUGAGAGAGGGCGAGGUACGAACCCUCUCGAUCGAAAAGUGGUGCCCUGGGUGGCGGGUCGAUUACCUGUGGAUUCGGGAUCUCCUAAUCCCUUACAGUACUCACCCAUAGCCAUGAGGAUUAGGGGAGAACGAUUACUCACGAGCCGAAGGUAAAGGAGAAUGAAACAAAAAUGGGGAAUGGGGACACGUUUUUGAAAAUUGGGCCUAAAACAAUCAUGUGACGUGUCUGUGUGUACUUGUGUGUGUGUGUGUGUGGUGCGUGUCAUCCACCCUCGCCAUUAUCGAGAGAGAGCGAGACAGAGAGAGAGAGAGAGAGAGAGAGAGAGAGACAUGCUCUUUUCUCUGUUUCUCUGCGUUUCUCCCAGUGUCUCCGCUCAAAACGCAUUCAAAUGAGGCCUCCGUUGACCCGUUCCCCCCUCCCACGCUCUAACCGUCUUCUCGGCCGUUUCCGUCGUCUUUCAGAGCGAUGCACCAUGAAGUUUUCGAGUGAAGAAGAGCAGACAAUGAAAGCAAUGUCAACGACGGUGAGUUCAGCUCAAAAUAUCAUUUUGAAAAGAUGACCACUUUUGUAAUAUGGUGAAACGCCCCCCAAAAUCAAUCGAUACAGUUCUCAAUCAAUGUUUCAUCAUUUCAGGAAAAACAGAAGCUAAAACUGGCAAAACGGUGCAUUCGAGAGUACGCACUCAAUUGUGAACGGACGAUUCGAAUUAAAGCAUUUGAAGAGAAAAAACUGGGCACAGAGUUCACGGAAACUAUGGCCAAAAAGAUGGAGGAUGAACUGAUGGCACAAUCCGUUCACGCUAUUGAAGAAUAUCUACUAAACUUGAACAACGACACUCGACGAUUAACAGAACGAGAGCGGAAAUUGGGUCUUCCACCGUUCAAAUCGUGCGCCAAGACUGGACCUGAACUGGUACGUUUUUCUGUGAUUUUGUGUCUAAAGUUGAUGAGAAACCGGCGAGUUUCCCACGUUCUGGGUGAAUUGGAGUUUUCUAAACAGGAAAGUGUACUUUUGACACGAUCCGAAUGAAACAGUGAUUGUUUUUUGACUUUCUGAGUCGACGAGCCGCAAGUUUGCAUCUAAUCUUGCGAUUGAUUUUCCCAAGAACUAUUCUUGCUCAAUGUUUCAUUGCAGGAGGAGCUUAAACUGAAACUGACGAAGCAAUACAUUCGAGAGUACGCUCGCAAUUGUGAACGGACGAUUCGAAUUAAUGCAUUUGAAGAGAAAAAAAUGGGCAUAGAGUUUACGGAAAGAAUGGCGAAAUGGAUAGAGGAGUUUUGUAUGGAACGUCCCAUUCAAUUCAUUGAGGGAUGGUUGCUCAACUUGAAUAACGGCACUCGACGAUUAACAGAACGAGAGCGGAAAUUGGGUCUUCCACCGUUCAAAUCGUGCGCCAAGACUGGACCUGAACUGGUACGUUUUUCUGUGAUUUUGUGUCUAGCCAGUUGUCAACGUUCUGAGUGAAUCACUCUACUUUUCAAACUUUACUACCGGGCCAUGUUAAUGUGAAUGCUCUAUGUUGAGAAUUUGCGCGCGAAAAAAACGGCUCGGCGACACAAAAAUUUUUUAAAAAAAUAUAUUCAAAUGGCAUGCGCACAGAUGGAAGAGAAGAACCCACGGGCCAUGGCGAUUUACGGUAAAACCUCCCAUUAAAAAUGUGAAAAAAAAUUAGGGAAGCGUUGCCGUAAAACGACAUGGCCGGGGGCCGAGUGAGUUAGUCUCUUCCAUCGCCACGGCGACCAAUAGUGUAGAAAGGGGCGCGGCCUAAUCUGAGACGCGUUUUCUGAAAACUGCCGCAAUUUCAGCACUUUUCCGCCAUUUUUGUGUUUGAUGUCGACGAAAGAAAACAUUUAUGAGAGAAAACAUUGAAAUUUUCGUGAAAACGCCGCGUUUGAGACGUUUUUGGCAUAUUUCGCAAUACGCUCUCCGCGGCCAAUCGCCGCCGCAAUUUCGAAAUUUUCAUACCGGCCGAUGUGGAUAGUUUUGAGACGAAGUGAGUGUCGGAAGUGAUUAAGCACGUUAAUACAAGUAUUUAAAGCGUUCAAACGGGAAAAAGUAUCGGCGAAUGACUGAAAUUCGCGCAUUUUCAGCACAAAACUUAAAAAUCGAUUCAAUUGAUUCAUUUUCUGAAUGAAACCUGCUCGUUUCAAGCUCAAAGAGUGCGCGAUGAAUAGUUUAACAAAGUUAUUAUGCAAUUACAUCGUUGUCGAAACCCGUACAAAAUUUGGGUAAUUUUUGACGAAAAACAUGAAAAAUAGGGGGUUAAAUUUCGAAUUUCGCGCCAAAAUGGUGAUAAACCGUGCACGCUAGGCCCCCGCGCCCCUUUCUACUUUUUUGGUCGCCGUGUGUCUGUGCAUACCAUUUGAACAUAUUCAAAUUCGUGUCGCCGAGACGUUUUCAUUCACUUUAACAUGGCCCGGUAGUAUCUUCAAGCUCAAUGUUUCAUUGCAGGAAGAGCUUAAACUGAAACUGACGAAGCAAUACAUUCGAGAGUACGCACGCAAUUGCGAACGGACGAUUCGAAUUAAAGCAUUUGAAAAGAAAAAACUGGGCACAGAGUUCACGGAAACUAUGGCCAAAUGGAUAGAGAAGUUUUGCAUGGAACGUCCCAUUCAAUUCAUUGAGGGAUGGUUGCUCAACUUGAAUAACGACACUCGACGAUUAGCAAAACGAGAGCGGAAAUUGGGUCUUCCACCGUUCAAAUCGUGCGCCAAGACUGGACCUGAACUGGUACGUUUUUCUGUGAUUUUGUGUCUAAAGUUGAUGAGAAACCGGCGAGUUUCCCACGUUCUGGGUGAAUUGGAGUUUUCUAAACAGGAAAGUGUACUUUUGACACGAUCCGAAUGAAACAGUGAUUGCUUUUUGACUUUCUGAGUCGACGAGCCGCAAGUUUGCAUCUAAUCUUGCGAUUGAUUUUCCCAAGAACUAUUCUUGCUCAAUGUUUCAUUUCAGGAGGAGCUUAAACUGAAACUGACGAAGCAAUACAUUCGAGAGUACGCUCGCUAUUGUGAACGGAUGAUUCGAAUUAAAGCAUUUGACGAGAAAAAACUGGGCUUAGAGUUCACGGAAACUAUGGCCAAAUGGAUAGAGGAGUUUUGUAUGGAACGUCCCAUUCAAUUCAUUGAGGGAUGGUUGCUCAACUUGAAUAACGGCACUCGACGAUUAACAAAACGAGAGCGGAAAUUGGGUCUAUCACCGUUCAAACCGUGUGCCAAGACUGGACCUGAACUGGUACGUUUUUCUGUGAUUUUGUGUCUAGCCAGUUGUCAACGUUCUGAGUGAAUCACUCUACUUUUCAAACUUUGAAACAGCUACUACCGGGCCAUGUUAAUGCGAAUGCUCUAUGUUGAGAAUUUGCGCGCGAAAAAAACGGCUCGACGACACGAAUUUGAAUAUUAUAGGGGCACCGCACUUUAACAUGGCCCGGUAGUAUCUUCAAGCUCAAUGUUUCAUUGCAGGAAGAGCUUAAACUGAAACUCACGAAGCAAUACAUUCGAGAGUACGCACGCAAUUGGGAACGGACGAUUCGAAUUGAAGCAUUUGAAGAGAAAACAAUCAGAGAAGAGUUCACGGAAAGUAUGGCCAAACUGUUAGAGAAGCGUUCUAUGGAACAUGCCAUUCAAUUCGUUGAGGGAUGGUCGCUCAACUUGAACAAAGACACUCGACGAUUAACAAAACGAGAGCGGAAAUUGGGUCUACCACCGUUCAAAUCGUGCGCCAAGACUGGACCUGAACUGGUACGUUUUUUAACCCAUUGCACAACUCGUUUUGCCCAGUAACUUUUGAUACAUUGUCUGAAAUGGACGAUAUUGAAGCGUUUUGAGGUGUGCAUAGUAAUUGGUUGGCUUUGAAAAGGCGGGAAAAAAAGCAGAAUAAAAGUGUGUUGGAUUGCAGGAGGAGUAUAAACGUAAACUGACGAAACAGUACAUUCGAGAGUACUCGCUCACUGUUGAACGGGCGAUUCGAAUUGAAGCACGUGAAAGCGUACCCAUGAGCCCAGAGUUCACCGAAAGAAUGGCGAAGAGGAAAUUGGACCACUGUGACUCAGGAUUACCCAUUCACGUAAUCGAGGGACGUUUGCUAUGGUUUAAGAGUGCUAGUCGGCAAUUAACGGAACGAGAACGGAGACUCGGUCUAUCACCGUUCAAAUCUCACGAAUGCCGCCGCGAAUCAUCGUUCGAUCGGUUUUUGAAGAAAACGAAAGAAGUGUGGACGAAUGUGCGAUGUCGGAUCGAGAGCCGCAAACGCAACAAAUGA